UGCAUUUCACAACAGUAUUAAAAAAAUCGAUAAUACAAAUUACAAAAAAAGCUUAUAGACUUAUAAUAGUUUUAAAAGGCUUAAAUUGUCUAUUCUUUUGUUGGAUGAUUUCUUUUUGUUGUAAUGAUAUUGUUUUUAGGUUUAUUCCAGUAUUGCUGUGUUGUCAAAAUUGACCACAUUCACUUUGAAUUUGCUGAGCACUGAAGUUAUAAGGAAAAAAUUAUAAAAUCCUAAAAUCAAGAAGGAAUAUUUUCCAAGCUGGUCAAGCAGUUAAAAAGAAAAAAUAUAUAUAUGCAGUUCAAACAAGACAUGUUUUUGGAGUUGCUUGUAUGGAAGUAAAACAUAGGUAUAUAAACUAUAUUCACUUUCAUUAUUCGACUUAUUAAAAAUAUUUUUUAAUUCAGAAGAAAAACAAAAAGAUUACUUAUUCAUUAUGGAUUGUAAAACUAAUCAAAAAUGUGAGCAAAAGAGAACUUCCAUUGGAAAGUUAGUUCCGAAGAAGAAAAUGUCGGAAAAAUUUCUUAUGGAACAAAUAAAAAAAUAUACCCCGGUUGUUGUUUUAGAAAGAAUGUCUCAAGAGGAAAUUUGUUCAAUUACCAAUUUCAAAACAGACACAAAUAGUUUAAAGAAGAAACCAAAAGCCAUUCAAAACACACCGACAAAGACAGGUCACCUGAAAAAGAAACGAUCUCAUUCCAAGGGAGAUUGUUCUAAUGCUAAACAAGAUGAAUUAUCUCCAUGUUCAAAGAAACAAAAACAGCUUGAAUGCUCAGAGACAUAUGAAGAAUUUAUGAUGUUGGUAGAUCGGAUAUUUGAAGAUGUUGAUUUUGUCGAUGACUUUAGCCCAAGUACUUCAGCAAUUUCCAAUGCUCAUAUCAAAGAACUCUGUAAAUUGACAGAAAAUCUGAAAAAAUUAGACAUCACUGAUUCCAUUCCUUUAGAAAAGCUUACAAAGCUGUUGAUGGUAUUAGAUUGCAACCUAAAAAGUAGUAAUGACAUCGUGCUGAUAUCCAGUUCUAGCGAUACAGUCAGAGAAAAAGAUUUAAUCAAUAAAAUAAUGUACGAAUCUUACUUAACGGGGCUAGAUUGUUCUUGGUGCAUCCUGCACAUUCUUACAUCGCCACGAAUCGACCAACGGCUAUUUGUUGAAGAAAUUAUUGACCGCCUAAUUACAUUUGGUAAAUGCCAAUUGAAAUAUUUAGUAGUGCUUGCUGCAAACAAAAAACUGAAACUGCAACAUCAGAAAGGCCUACAGAAUUGCAAUCUAUUGUGUGAAUUAAUUGACAAUAAAAUAAUGACUGACACAAUAAUUUUAAAAGCGUCAUCAUUAGGAGUAUCUAUUUUUUUCAGCGAACAGGAAACGAAUCAUUUACUUGUAAGUUCAAUGAAUUUGUUGGUAUUGAUAUUUUCAAAGUAUGAAAAACAUAGAAAGCUAAUUUUUGAAGAAGUUUUAUCAUCAGUGACUAAAUUAGCCGAUAAAAAAACUCCAGCUGAAAAUAAAGAAAAAUUUACUGAAUUAAUCCUUCAUCUAUGUCAGAGUGUUGCGAAUUCAGAUAUCCGUUUGGAUUACACAACCGCUAAAGUUAAAAACAUUUUUGAUACGGAUAAAAAUUUAACAACAUACUUUUUAACUACUUUUUUAGAAAAGUGUAAAACUCAACCAGAAAAUAAUUACAUACCAAUUUUUAACUGUUUUGUACAACAACUAGUUUUAAACAUAAAUAAACUAGAAUGGCCUGCUGCAGAAUUCGUGUUAAGUAUUUUAGGAUUAAUAUUGGUCAAUUUUGCUUCCAAACAUAGUGAAGUUCAUUUUAAAGUGAUGUGCUUGGACUACUUAGGAUCCAUAGCGGUCAUGUUGCAAAAGGAAGCGAUAAAAUAUGAAUCGCUCAAGACUCGUAUUUCAAAAAUAAUUUUAUUGAUACAGGGCAAACCAGAAACCAGUGGAAUCGUGAAAACUGAUCUACUCGAAGAGGCAAUAUUGAGAUAUUAUAAAUCAGCCAAAAGCACUGGCUCUUUCUUAAAGUUUGCUCAAUUUUUCACUAUUGUACAGUGGUAUAAUGAAGUAUAUCAAGAAAAUUUUGCACCUCGGAUAGUUCAUGAAAAAGUUCAUAUUCCCGAUUUGGAUUACAAUUCUGCUUCUACUCUCUUAUAUCAUUUUAACUUUAAAAGACAAUUUUUUCACAGUUUUGACCUGUACUUGAAACGAAUUGUAACUGUACUCAAGGAUCAUUCUGUUUUGAUUCGCACAAAAGUUAUUAAAGUACUUUCAUUAAUUAUAGAUGAAAACCCUAAUAUUCUAGAUGUCCAACACGUCCAACUGGCUGUAAAAUAUUCUUUAUAUGACUCGUCCAUCUCAGUGAGGGAAGCUAUUUUGGAUCUCCUUGGAAAGUUCAUUUUGAAAAACAACAAAUUCAUAGAUAUAUAUGUGGAUAUGAUUAUGUCAAGAAUUCUUGAUGUCGGUUUAAGCGUGAGAAAGAAAGUCAUUACAACAUUGAACGAAAUCGUUUUGCAUAACCUCGAUCUACCAAUCAUACCUGAAAUUUGCAAUAAAAUAAUAAAGCGGAUAAACGAUGAAGAAACAAUUAAAAAAUCUGUGUUAGAUUUGUUCCAACAGAUCUGGUUUUCACCAGUUAAUUUAGAAUCGAACACUGUUCAAAAAAGAGUCGACCAUAUGGUAAAAACAGUCAUGGAAGCAGACAUGUUUGAACUUGAACCCUUUGAAAAUUUAUUAGAAAAUUUAUUUUCAUCGAGUGAACAAACUACAAAAACGAUGAUUAAUGUAGCAAAGCAGAUGAUCGGUAAGCUGUUCGAGAAAAGUGAAACUAACGAUUUAACAGCAAAGACGACAUGUUUUAUUAUUUUGCUAAAGUUUGCAAAAGUGUGCCCAAAGCUGUUUAUACCUUACAUUGAAACUCUCCAUGCUAACUUACUAUUCAGUUGCCAAACAUUAGAAGGGCAGACGAUUGUUAAAUGUGUAGCAAAGAUCCUAGAGUUAGUCAUACCUUUAAUCAAAAACCCUGAUUUGUCAUUAAUAUCCUCUUUAGAAAAAGACUCAACAAAAUUGAUUCUCAAUCAGGAACCGAAAAUCAUAUACAGCUGCAUGUCAUUUCUCUCAACAAUUAUCAAUAAAGUUUCUCACAACUAUGCUUUAGUAGUAGAGAACUUUGAUUCGUUGUUCAAAUACAUUAAAAAUUAUAAAAAACUUUUGGAUUUUGAAUUGAAGAAAUCUUCCAUGGAUCAAUGCAUAGACAGGUGGAAACUGAAAUUUAGUCGUACAGUAUUGUCAAUAGGGCUGUUUCUACAGUUUUUUGAUUUUGAUAAUGUAGAUUUACUAAAGGAUAAAUUCCCUCAUGACUUGAUAGAUAUAGUAUACAGUUCAUUUAUAUUUUUUAUAAGAAAUGAUAGUGAUUCAAUUUUAUUCACAUUAAAAGCAUUCGGAGCCAUUUGUAUCCGUUAUACUAAGUUACUGCUAAAAGAAGAUUUGAAGUCAAUAUAUCACAAAACUCUAAUUGACGGUGAGACACCGCUUAAUUUAAAAAUACAGGUAUUACGAAACAUUGGAUCAUUUAUUACUGAAGUAGACAAUAAAAUGGCUGACAAAGAAAAAAAUUGGUUAAAACAAUCAAAAAAGGAGAAUCUAAAAGAGAUGAAUGACUUAGAAUCGGGAAUCAGCAGUACUGUGCUUCAAUUAUAUUUAGAAGACAUUUUCGUCUCCCUCAAACAUGCACAUUCAGGUGUUAGAUAUUGGGCUUUUAAAAUUGUCAAAGUGGCAGUGAACCAAGGGCUAGUUCAUCCCUUGCCAUUGGUCCCGUAUAUUAUCUCUAUGACUGUAGAAGAAGGGGUUGAAAUUCGAUCGAAUGCUGAACAAUUAUUAGCAGAAAUAGAGUCAAAAUAUCCAGGAUAUGUUCACAUGAAAGUUCAAAGCGGAAUGAAAUUAUCUUACAAACUGCAAACUUUCUUACAAACUCAAGUAGUUCGAGGCUACAAAACUGUCAACAACGAGCCUGUCGCUAUGAACAAUUAUCUGUACAUGCUUUUAGAAAUGUACAAACAUAGAAGGUCACUACUUCUGACUAUAAUCCGAGAAUUUGAACCGGAUAGAAAAAACAGCUUGUCAAAAUUGAUUUAUUUCGCUGAUAAUUUGGGCCAUUUUACUUAUAAAACGCAAGACGAUGUUUUAUAUGUUUUGCAUCAAAUCAAUGUUUUUAUGUCCGUACACGGUUUAAAUUUGAUGCAUGCCUAUAGCGAUUCCUUCACACUGCAUAAUGCAAAUAUUGACGACGAAGAUACUGACGAUGAAGAAACGAUCAUCCAAUUGAUACCAAACGAUCUGACAAAACUUCGAAACGUCUCAGCCAGUUCAAAUGGAUGUCAUUUAUUGCUAAGCAUUAAAGAACAUUUGAAAUUCGUUUACGGCUUCAGUGAUAAAAAAAUUGCAAAUUACUCGCUGACCAAAACCAGCAGAACUAAUAAUAUACCUGCUGUGAAAAAGCAUUUGCGUUUAUUUCAGCCGAACCCCAUUUUGCAAAAAUUAUUCAUCGAAGACAGCACUAACUGUAUGGAAGAUGAAGAAAAGUUAUAUUUGGCAAAACAAUACUUGGAUUUUAAAUUUCUAUUAAUGAAAUAUGAUUUGAAAGAAUAAGGAAUAACUUUUAUCACAUGAAAUGUUUCAAAAAAAUCAAGUUUUAUCGCGACCGAUUUCAUCUCAAGGAAGAAAAACUGAAGGCAUUUAUUUUGUUUCAAGAACUUUAAUAUUUUACAAGCUCUAUUUUAUCUCGCACAAAUACAUGAAAUAAUGUAACAUAGUUGACAGUUGUUAAAUGAAUUUGGCCAAUUUAAUAUAUUUGUUUUAUCCUU